AUGGCCAUGACCGAGACCCCCGUGCAGCCCUUUGCGCCAGGAAUCGAGCAGCAAAAGGUCCAUGACUUUAGCUUGCUCCUCGUUCAAGAGUUUUGCAAGCACCACCAGCUCACACGGACCGUCCAUGCGCUGCAGUCGGACCUCGAGCACAUGGCCUUACCGCAGCCAAGUGCCGACGUCUGGAUUGAAAUGCACGAGCGAUGUCGCCCAGCGUUGACGCGACUCAAGGUGCACGAGCAGAGUACGAUCGAAGGGUUGGUGGACUUUGUACUGCAUUUGAACGAAAUGUACGAAUCCCGGGCGGCCAAUCAGCCCAUGAGCGUCAUCAUUUCGUCGUCGCCAAUGAAGAAAAGCAAGAAAUUUUCAUUCAAGGACGCCUUUCACUCGACCCAAAGCCCCGUGCGUCGACCGAGCCAAAAGAACAAAGAACCAUCCGAGACCGAGGUGCCUCUACCGCCCCAAGAGCCCGAGAGCCACCCCGAGCUGCCACCGAAAAAACUUACAAAGUCCAAAUCCUCCUUUUUGGAGCGCUACAGCAACUUGCCGAAACUGCAGCUGCAGAUCGACAUGUCGGACUCCAAGCAGCGUGCUGUGACGCAGAAAGCGGUCGAGCGCAGUCUGCGCGAUAUCUACUCGGAGACUCGGUUCAAAGAAAUCCAAGACAAGGCGAUUGCGCGUGCGAUGCCUGCGGCGCUCUCAAAGCCGCCCCCCGAGACCGACGUGUACACCAAAGAGCUUGAAAAAGAGCGGUAUGGUACCAACAAGCGUCGCGAGUGCGCAUUGUGCCACGUCCCGUUCCUCAUGAUCAACUUGCCGGCCAAAGUGAGCUUCCGCUGCAUCAUGGAGCUCUACAAGCAAUGGGCCUUCGCACCCCCGACCAAGAAAACGCCAAUCACGUGGGACAUGACCUUUGACGAGCCCAAGAAAGUGGUACCGCCAACGCUGCCGUCCACAGCGUCGAUCUGCUUGGGCCUCAAGUACCCGCCGGAUCCCUACGGUCUACCGCCAUUGGGCCCGGACGACUGCCUGUCGACGGUCCGGUCGUGGGUCGACUCGGACGGCGGUGGGGAUACCGACGAGAGACACGUGUGGACACCAUCGACGGACGUGCCACCGCUCUCGGUGUCGUCGGCAUCGAAAGCACUCGUGUACAAAGACGCCGGGUUGGUCAAUGAGAAGAGCAUGUCCCAAGGUGAGUGGGCCGUGAUCGACCCGAGCCGGAGCUCUGUGCGGGAGCUCCUCCAGAAAACAGUCAAGCGGCAGCUAAAAUAG